AUGGACCUCAGACUGAUGGACGUCGAGGGAUACGUGGGAGUUGCCGUGGAGGUGCACCGCGACGCUACUGGGUCUGUGGACUACGCCGUGGAGCAUCCCCCUGCCGUCGGAUUCCCGGAGACCAUCUGGAUCUUUGAUGACGACGACGCUCCCAUCUUCUACGAUGUUCUGGCUCCAUACGAGGAAGAAGAAGACCCAGAGGGAGAAGACCGAGAGGAAGAAGACCCAGAGGAAGAAGACUCUGAAGAGGAAGACCCCGAGACGGAAGACUCCGACGCCUGGUCCGACUGGAGCACCAGCGAAGACUCCGGCUACGACAGCCUGGACGAGGACGAAGAAGACCUGGAGGACGGCGAAGAAGAGGACGGCCGACCCCGCUCCCCCCUUGUCCAGCGUCUCCCCCCUCCUGCUGGUGCUCCGGUCAUCGCUGCUCCCGCUGCUCCCCCAGAGGACCUUGCCGUCCACAUCAGCUCCUUCCUCAAGAGGAUCCGGGAGGAGUGCGAUGUGGAGGCCCAGGUAAGUACGAAGAGGCAGCGGGUCAGCGAAGAGGACGACGCGCAGCCUGGACCAUCCACUUCGUCCACAGACCACAAAUCAGUCGGUGUCGCUGCUCCGGUCGUUUACUCUGAGCUUUUAGAGCGUUUUUUGAACAUUUUUAUCUUCUUCUUGUUGAUUUGUUCCCGUUCAGACCCGACUCCGGUGCAGCUGAUCGUCCAGUUCCUGGAGCAGGCGUCCAAACCGUCGGUGAACGAGCAGAAUCAGGUUCAGCCUCCAGCAGACAACCGCAGGAACCGAACCCUGAAGCUGCUGGCGCUGAAGGUCGCCGCACACAUGAAGUGGGACCUGGAUUCACUGGAGAAAGGACUGACCAUCCCAGUGUUGAACAUGCUGCUGAAUGAGCUGCUGUGUGUCAGCAAAGUGCCUCCAGGUGUGAAACAUGUGGAUCUGGAUCUGUCCACUCUGCCUCCGACCACCGCCAUGGCAGUGAUCAUCUACAACCGCUGGGCCAUCAGAACCAUCGUGCUGAGCAGCUUUCCAGAGAAACAAACCAAACCAGGACCUCAUCAGAUAAACAUGUUAAAUAUCGUGCAGCAGGAGAAAGAAAUGACAGAAAACAUCCUGACUGUGCUGAAGGAGCAGGCGACCGACUCCAUCACCGUCCUGGAAGGAGCUCUGCAGCUGAAGAAGGACUUCUACGUCCACACUCUGAGGACUCUGGACCUGCUGGCCGCUGACGCUGCCGCUAACGGAGAAACCGAAUCCUCCACAGCCGGGCUUCGAAUCAGCGCCGAUGACCUGCACUGUCAGGUGCAUUAUGAUCUGGGAGGUAUUUUCUUCCAACAAGGCUGCACCGACCAGCCAACCUAUGAGAAGGCCAGAGAUCACUUCAGACAGACCAAGGAGCUCUUGAAGAAGCUGGACUCGACCGUCCACGUCCACCUGGACGAGAAGCGUCUGGCCGGUUACUGGAACGCCUGCAGAGCUCUGACCGGAGACUGUGACCCCUGCGACCCCCAGACGACCCCCUACGACCAGAUCAACAGCCUGAUCCGAGCCCACAACCACCAGGCCGUCAUGGAAGCCUUCAUCAAAGACAACGUGUCCCGCAGUUUACCGAACCACUUCAGACGCUCGGUUCUCAGAGAGUUCUUGUACAAAGUCCAGCAGGGGGAGUCCGGUCUGGAUGAAGUUUGUCAUCAACUUUGUGUCUGUAACGCCGUGAGAGACGCUCUGGAAGGAGAAAUCCUCAGCAUUCGUUUCCAGCAGCUGCUCCUCAAGCCUAGUAAACGGAUCGUGGACUUCAUCUUAGAGGUGGUCUACGAUAAAGGAGAGAUCUACUCGUUCUCCAAGCACGGACGUUUUUGCCACGAGAUAAAGAUGAACUACUCUCCGUACACGAACUACUUCACCCGAGUCUUCUGGAAUCGCUCGUAUCACGUCUACAAAGUGAACUCCGUCAUCUCCUUCCAGUACUGACGGCAGAUCGGACUCCUCUCGUAUUUAAGAUCACAUCCACAGUUGGACACUCUGGGCUUCUGCAAGCGUCUCGUCACUGUUACGUCGAAGCCGCACGUUCAGCAGGGAUCGGCUGAGGACGCCGCACCGACCUCCACGUGUCGAAGUCGAAACACGCCAUAUUAAUCACUGUACUGUACUUUUAUAAGCCAUGCGUUACUGUCAGUGUUACUGUGAGGCAUUUAAUGAAGGGGGGAUGGAUGAGAGUCGUCUGUGGUCACUUUGUGCAGAAGCUGCUCAGAUUUAAACAAACAGCGGUCGUAUUUUCAGUCAUCUAUAUCUCAACAAUUGUCAUGAAAUUUACUACAAAUAGCACCCGAAGGAGUUCUAUUAUCUGCUCACAUUUCCUCCAGAGUGGUUGAAAUUUGUAUUAAAAUGUCUUUUUUUUUGGCCUUUAGUGGACAGUUAGAGGAAAAACAAAUGGAAGCUGUGGGGAAAGAGAAGAUCUGUACUGGCUGGGAAUUAAAACUUCUGAUUAUGAACCCUAAAAGACAUGGGUCAUCGGGUCGCCUUAUGGUGAAACAUUAUGACAAAUAUUGAACAGAUAGCCAUGAAACUUUUGCACACGCAUUUGCAUUGACGAGCCAUAACAUGAAAACCACCGAAAUAACAUUUAUUCUUCAUUCUGACAUGUCGGGGCAAAGAUACAGGAUCUCUGGUGGCAUCAGGAAGCUAGCAGAUCUUUUUGGUCAAGUGGCUUACAGCGUUUGUCUUCGGCCUCGAUGGAUUGGACCCAUCGAUGAUCCACUGGAUUGGGAUUUAGGGAGUGUUGAGGCUGCGUCAGUGCCUUGAGCUCUUGGUCAUGCUCCUCGAGCUGUUCUUAGGUGGUUUUUGAGGUGUAGCUGGGUAUGUUGUCUGAAUGGGGUCUGUUGUUACCCACAAGGAGGGUUCUUGGUCUGGAGCAAAGUUUAUGUACACUACUGUUCAAAAGUUUGAGGUCAUCCAGACGAUUUCACGAUUUAUUCAACGCUUUUAUUCAUGUUUUAUUUAUGUGCUAACAUAAUUCCACAAGGGUUUUCUAAUCAUCAAUGAGCCUUUCAACACCAUUAGCUAACACAAUGUAGCAUUAGAACACAGGAGUGAUGGUUGCUGGAAAUGUUCCUCUGUACCCCUAUGGAGAUAUUCCAUUAAAAAUCAGCCGUUUACAGCGAGAAUAGUCAUUUACCACAUUAACAAUGUCUACACUGGAUUUAUCAUUCAUUUGAUGUUAUCUUCAUUGAAAAAACUGCUUUUCUUUCAAAAAUAAGGACAUUUCUAAGUGACCCCAAACUUUUGAACAGUGAUCAGUGGUACAUGUCAGAAUAGCUUCCAGAUAAAUACCAGGACUCAAGGUUUCCUAGCAGAACAUUAUGUUGUUAUGGAAAAAAUAAACGUUGCACACUUUGUCAAUGGGUUUUAAUGAUGUGGCUGAUCGGUGUUGAUCUCCUUCAGGAUAAAUUCUAAUCGCUGCAGUGAUGCCGUAGUAUUUUUAAAUUUAGUUUUAUGUUAUACAAACAUCCUUUCAGCUGGACUGAAUGUUUUGUGCUAAGUAGCAAAUGCUAACAUGCUAAAUUUGAGGUGGUGGAACAUGUGGUAGCCAAACUUUUGCAAAUUGUGAGGAUGUUAGCAUUUAGCUCACAAUGCAGCGUCGUGGAGCCUCUAGCGUGGCUCUGGAAUAUUUAUGCAGUUAUCUCAACAUGACAGAUUAACUUAUGACUUUAACGGAUCAUUGUCAUUGUGGUCUGUUCCUGUUUUUACGCUCACUGGCCUCUUUAUUUGGCUAUCUAAUACAACCCAAUAAAAAAACAGGGCAAGAAGUUCUACUUAUUUGAAACUGCAACAUUUUUUGUUGACUUUGGCAAAAAAGAUGAUCAACUUUAUGUUGCUUAUUGAGUAUUUAGUUGGUGGUACUGCUGUGCUGGACUGCAUUAUUUUGUCCAUCCCAUUAACAUACAUGAAGAGUAAAGUACACGUGAAACAACCAUGAUAGAUUAAAAAAAGGUCAGAAACUGAAAAUGGAGAAGCAAAAAGUUCAAUUUAUGGCAAAGCCGUUGGGUCAUUCCAGGCCUGAAGGACUUUUGGGCUUCAAAAUUUUUAAAAAAUUAAUCUUCUGUUUUACAAUUUUCUACUACAUAUUCAUCAUAAUAGGUCAUAAACUAUGGAAGGCUUGAUUAGCUCAGGUUACACAUCAAUGGAACCAUUUUUAUUCCAUGUUUUAUGUGUUGUUUGCUAACCCUACUCUAAUCACAGUAGUAGGGUUGCUAAUCCAUGCUAAUGUUAGCUUUUUCUCAGCAGUAGAUGCUAGAUAUUUAGCUCGCUGUUGCUGCUGACCAAGAGGACAAACUGACUGAUGGAAAAAAGUAAAAACAAUGAGUCUGAUCCUGAUGAUAUGAGGUAGAGUGAGACAUUCAAUCAUGGCUGCCAAUGUGAUGGAAACAUGAAAAAUAGAAGGGAGGCCACAGCUUUGCUCUACACAUUCUUUAGGAAAUCUGUUUGAUGAUGUUAAUUCCAGUGUAUCACGUGAUUCACGGUUUUCUUCUACCACCUGAAAAAGGUUCUGCUAACAGGGUUGUUGUGGGACACAUGAAUAAUAAUUAUCAUUUGAAAUAUUAUGUUGAUGCAAUAAAAUGUUCCCACAAUUACAAAAGACAUCAAUGAAAAAAAUAAUCCCAAAAAGAAAAAUGUUUGUUCAUUUCUAUUUAUCUGCAUUUUUCAUCUGUCUGACAUCAGGAAGAUUUUUAUAAGAAAACUUUCCUCCCAACAAG